AUGCUGCUACUCAAGUUUCUCAGGAUACGAGUGUGGCAGCUUCACUACAAUCAGCUCCUCAGCUCACUCACCAACCUGUCCAUCAUGUUUCCAUCCCACAUUUGUCUCAGCCGGAACACUUUUCUGUUCAUAAAGUCUUUCACCCAAGUUCUUCAACAUAUCUCCCCGGGACGGGAGGCGGCCAGGGCCUUAGUGAGUCUGCAUCAAGGAAGACACAGGGCAUCUGACUACGCCAUCAAAUUUCGGACCCUAGCUGCAGAGAUGACUAUAACUUCUCUCUGUGCCCCUCGUAAACAGGUGGUGAUGGUGGACUCUGGUACUGAUGCUAACCUUAUGGACAUUGACCUAGCCAAAGAUCUGGGUUUGGGGCUCGUGCCCCUUGCUGCUCUCCUGGUGGCCACUGCUGUGGACGGCAGGAAAACAGAAGGUUACUGGGGUGGUGUGAUGGGUAACUCGCAAGAGAAGAGACACUAA